UUACUUCAGGUAAAGCGCGUGCAAGAGACUUGUCCCUGCACGAGCGAAAGAUCCAGAAACUUCUUUCGGACUGCGCGUGCGAGGCCACCGUGACUUGAUUCUAGAUGCGUCAUUGCGCACAACGAGGAAAAGCAGUUACUGGUCUAGGAUUGAUAUUUACAUUUUGCCCUGUUGUUUUUCGCUACAGAAGAGAAUAUCCAGCAACACAUCGUGGUUAAUACUGCGGUCUGGAGUGGGAAGAAAUAGAUAGCAAGAGAUGCAGCCAGCAACAGCGAAGUGGUAUGACAGAAGGGACUCCGUCUUUAUUGAGUUCCUGGUAGAAGACAGCAAAGAUCUACAAGUGAAGUUUGAAAAAUCAAAACUUGAUUUCCGUUGUGUUGGUGGGAUUGAAACCCUCAAACACCAUAAUGAAUUGGACCUUUUCGACUCAAUUGAUCCCAAUGCAUCGAAGCACAAACGUACAGACAGAUCAGUGUUGUGUUGUCUGAAGAAAGCAGAGGCAGGAAGAGCAUGGCCACGGUUAACAAAAGACAAGGCAAAAUUUCAAUGGCUGGGUGUCGACUUCAACAACUGGAAAGACUGGGAAGAUGAUUCUGAUGAGGAUCUGUCCAGUUUCGACAAGUUCUCAGAGAUGAUGAAUACGAUGGGAGGAGAAGACGGCAUGCCAGAUCUGGGCAUGGGUGGUAUGGAAGGUCUCGAAGAGCACGACAGCGAUGAUGAAAAGAUGCCAGACCUGGAGUAAUGGUGCAUAUAAAGUCUGUAACCGAUGACGACAAGAAAUGAAAGCCUCAAAGGUCGGUUGAAGAGAGAGACGAGUUGAGUUGGUAGCCAUAUUUGAAAAAGGAGGAAAUAUCAGCAGUUUUCCAAACACGUCAGAGGAACCUCACUGAGGAGAGACUGUAUCUGUCGUCAUGGCAUCGCAGCAGAGCAUUCUCCAGCCAAUGUCUUAGUGCUGUGCUUUGCUGUUCUAAUUCUGCAUGGACAUUCAGUUGUUUCCAUGAUGUGCUGUGGGGUUCAGUUAUACCGUGUUUUAACUUAACAACCAGGGGUGCCUUCAGCAAGGAACAGUGUUAUGGAACGUUCAGAUAGAAUUACGUCAUGUAGAACUAAGGUGCCACUGACAUGUAGAAUGAAGGAAUCGUGUCGGCUCAUCGUAUUUCAAUCUGCAACGUUUGACAAUGUUUUCCUACUGAAUGUGGCCCUGCUCUGAUGGGAUAGUCUGAAAGUUACUCUCCACCUUUUUAUUUAAUAACGUCAGUGAGGUUACGUAUUGAAUAUCAACAUAAUUGUAAAUUCUAACCGAAGAAAAAACAUGUUUUAAAACAACUGCCUAUUUUCAAUAAAGUUGUUUCUUUUUUUAGUGAGAAAUGACCCCUUUUGUUCGUACUGUACAUUUUGUUUUAUUUUUCUUAAUAUAUUGAAACAAGUUUUAGCUCGGAACAAAUAUUUUCUCAAUGUACGUUAACAUCUGGAAAGGUAUUAGAAAUUAAUGAAUGAAAUAUGCAUGUUCAACUUAUUUUACAGUAUAGCAUAAAUUGUAAGUUAUAAUUGAAAAACCUUUCAAUCACAUUUUGCAAGGAUGCUUUUGCUUUAUUUAACAUCGUACAUACAGAACAUUUGAAAAGUAUAUACCAUUGGGGUAACUCUGUAUUUGUUGCAUGCUGUUUUGUAUAAAACAAGCAGCAAAUUAUUUCUUCCACAUUCAAAGGGGUGCAGAAACGCAACAAAAAGAACUUGUCAUUAAAUUACCAAGUUUAAUUUGCACUCGCAGUACAAAACAAAUAAAUGCACGUGUUAAAACAGAUGCACUACUAGGUUUCGCCAACCUAUAUCGUAGAUCAUGUUGAUGAAAUAUCGGUUUAAAUGCGGUGGGAAUUUCUCCACAUAUUUCUAAUAAACUGUCUCUGACUAA